GAGAGCACGUGCCCUAUAGCAAAAUUCUCUCUCUCAGGAAAAAAAAGAAAGAAAAUGGCUGUGACUACAUACACUCAAAGCAAGGCCUUGGCACCUGUCUGGCAAAUUGGGUCCUCGCCCAAUGCCACCCAGAGCUGGGAUACAAGGACACAACACAGCUUCUGUCAGAGCGGGAGGAACGCAAGGCGCGGGGUCCCAGAGGAACAGGUUGCCAUGGCCGGGUCAGGGACCUAUAAGCCUGACAAACCACCUCAGCGCUUGGUGCACAGCCAAGUUCAUUAAGACAGCUUUUGCGGAGAUUGAAAGGCCACUUCAGAGGGCAUAUGACGCGUACCUGCCCUUCUCAUGUUACCGUGUUACAAGUGUCUGGAACGGAGGUCAGGGGUCACCUGUCUCAGUGCUGCUCAAGGGCAAGGACAUGGUGUGACUGUUGGCUGUUGUGCUGUUCUGUGCAGGCUGAGUACCUACUGAUGCGGGAUGCAGAGUUUCCUGAUGGUGCUGAGGGAGCACAGGGGCGCCUGCCCCCCCCCUGGGGAGUUGGUGACCCUGGCCGGCAGGCUGUGCCGGGACUUCCGGGAUGACUUCGCCCAGGUGCAACCUUUGGUCACAGCCAUUCUGGAUAGCCGGCUCCGCCCAUACCUGCUGAGCAAUGUGGAUGUGGCCUCGGUGUGCACCUGGGUCCUGGCCCAGCAGGAGCAGCUGCAGGCAGCCUGCCAGCUUCUGGAGGAUUGCCGGGUGCCAGGGGGCAGCCAGGAGUUGGUACAGCUCUGGAAUGACAUCCAUUACCGUCUGGUCCUGCGACGGCUGGGCGUGAGCAUGCUGACCCCACUGCAGAAGUUUCGCUGCAGGAAGAGGAACCCACCGCCCGCCUCCCUCUGCCCUGAGGGCCUGAGGAGUCGGAACUUCUCCAGAGAAGUCCGCCAGAAGCUGCAGGAUUUUGCCUCUGUUGUGAGCACCAACCCCAGUAGGGUGCAGCGGGAGAACUUGGCCUUGGAGACGAGCCUGAGCGCUGAGCAGGUGUACAACUGGUUUGCCAAUUACCGGAGGCGCCAAAGAGCCAUUCUCCAGCGAAUGGAGCCCACCCAGCAGGCCGCAGCAGAGGGCCCCAGUGCAGAGGAUGGGGUUCCUGAAUCCUUGCAGCCCCCAGGCAAAACCUGUGUUGUUUCUGGGUUUGUGGACGGGCCUCAGUGCUCAGCAGGACGUGAGGAAAAUGGGCCUCCAGAGACCAGUCAAGGACCUUGGGAGCCUCUGGCCCUGGCCCCAGACUUUCCUGGAGAUGAGACAGUCUUGAAGCCCCUGUCUUCCAGGUACUGUUAUCCAAGGCGAUGGGACAUCUCGCCUGUUCCCCUUGUUUCCCAGGCGGAGACCAUGGCACAGAUGGGCAUGGGUAACCUGGAGCCAGAGGCCCAGCCCUGGGUGGGGAAACCCACAAGGAGUCCUUGCCGGAAGUGGGGACAGCUCUCUCACCCACACCUGCUCCCUGCAGCCCCUCUCCUCUUGACUUCCUGUCUGUGGAGGGUGAAGGAAAUAAGGGAAAACGUGCAGACCUCUUGCUCACAGACAAGCUGCACUGUUGCUGUGUUUGUGUGUUUCUACCUGAGGGAGUCUCUGACCACCAAGGAGCAGUGCCCGUGUGUCCCCAGGUCUCUGCAGGGUGGUGAGAUGUACCAGGAGGGGCCUGGCCACGACCAUACCAGCCUUGCCGCCAUUGGCCCUGAACCUGGCCUCUGUCCUCUGGCUGCUGGCAGCGAUUUUCUGGAUCCUUCUCUGGGUGCCCCUGAAUCGUGGCUGAUGACCCUAGCCCUGGCAUCCUCCAAUGAAGCUCCUUUCCAGACUGGACAGCUGGUCCAUGGACGUGGGCUGGACUUUGUGAUGCACCCUACAGAGGCUGAAGUGGAUGUGUCCAUUGCCAACCACGGCGACACCAGCCCUGCAGGGUUUGCCGACCUGCCUCAUGGCAGCCCCCAGGACAUGCACCUGGAGGAAAGCUCAGGCACGGGCGCUGGGCAGGCAGGGCUGCAGGCCACACAGCCACCGCCGCAGGCUCCCGAGUUCGUCCUCUCUGAGAGCCCUGUGGAGCUGGCACCAGCCCCAUCUGUCUACCCUGGCCCUGUGUCUGCCAUGGAGCUGAGCCAGCCCCUGCCUUCUCACCAGGUGCAGUGGCCCGGCAGCCAGGCCUCCAGUGAUGCCUUCUGGGGGGCCAGGAUGCUCCUCGAGUUUUCAGGGGGCAGCCUGGGCUGAGUGUCUCCUGAACGCCAGACAAGCACUUGUGGUGGA